AUGAUGCCCGAGUGGUCUGAAACUCCGGCUUCUGUAAAGUCUUGUUGUCACUGCACGGGUGCACUUAUGUCGCCUGCUGCCUGCGACUUGCAGCCAGAUCGCCUGCCGUUGAGCCUCGAACUGCUGUCAACUGAAGGCCUUUUUGGACGUGCGUUAGAAGUCGCAGGAGGAAGCCUGAGGAGAGCUCCCGCGGCGAAGGCCAGCGUCCGCGCCAUGGCGGGCUCCGCUGUGACCACACAGGGCGACCUGCAUGUGCUGCUCGUGCGGCAUGGAGAGAGCCUUAACAAUCCGUUGAUGGCCAAGAUCUUUGGGCCUGUGGCUGACGAGGAUCCUGUCUCUCAGCGGCGUCGUGAUGCUGAGGCUCGUUGGCUGGCCGAACGUUUUUCGGAUCCUGCACUCACCGACAGAGGCAUCCAAGAAGCCGAGGAAGUUGCCAACACCUUGGCGCCAAUGCUACGAAGGCUAGCUGGAAGCCAGCUGAUCAAGAUUUUCGUGUCGCCCUUCAUGCGAACGCUUCAGACAGCCCAGCCAUUGGCUCAGGCUCUGGGCUCUUCCUGUUCCGUGGAGGUGCGGCCAGAUCUCUUCGAGGUCGGGGGUGUCUAUGUGGAGCGGCUAGGCCGACGGGAUGGCCCUGGAGAGUGCUUGACAGCCGAAGAGAUUGAGCAGCAUUUCCCGACCUACCGCACCACCAAAUUGCCAAAAGAUGGUGCAGGCUGGUACCGGGGCAGCUGGGAGUGCGAUAAAGCUGCCCGGCAGCGAGCUGCCGAGAUCGCCAAAUGGCUUCGGUCAGCAGAGCUGCGCAAGGACUGUGCUGAUGUUGCAGGAGCUUAUGUGGUAUUGGUGAUCCACGGCCAUUUGAUCGACAUGCUGCUCAAGGCCCUGCUCGGCAUCGCUGAUGACGGUUCUUCCGAUCGCCCUCACACCAACGUCUUCACGGAACGUCCUGUGGUUUUCUUCACACCGAAUGCAGCAACUGCCCACAUCUCGAUACGGCGAAAUGGCGGAGUUGCGAUCCAUCACAUCGGGUAUCUACCACAGCGGCAGGAACGGCGAGUCAUCAGGCCUCCAUCCGUUCCCCAGCUAGAUCUCGAUCAAGUGCAGCAACACAUAGAGGAAGACGAGCAGGAACAGGAGGAAGAGGUGGAGCAAGAGACGCAGGAUUGCCACGCCUCGGGACCUGCCUACGCAGGAGACAGGGAGCACCACAUGUCACGCGAGCUGGGGCCAGGCACUGAAAUGCCUAUGGACCUUGGCACGCCGCGGCUGGACCCUGCGGAGGAGGAUGACCUCAGACGCAUCUUUGAUGCUUGUGACAGAGAAGGUGAUGGUACCAUGAACAAGUGGGAACUCAUCCGUCUUUGCCAGGAAAGGCCCGCAGUCGCGGACUUCUUCGGAAUCCCGCAGCAGGAGGGAGGGCCCCGCGACAUUGUUGAAACGAGGUUCCGAAGCUUGGAAGCAACUGCUGACAACAAGGUCAAUUGGGAUGAGUUUCUGGACUGGUAUGUUUACGAACUGCAGCUGAUCGAGGCCAGAGCUCAGGCGUGA